GGAAUUUUGACAUAAGGUGUGAAAGGGUUGAUAACCCAACUUGUUGUCUCUGUUCAUAAAAUAUUUUAAAAACAAGUUUUAAUUGACUAUUCUAGGAUGUCAUACUAAAAUUUCACAUAAUUUCACUUGUUAACAUAAACAAAUAUGGGUGACGUAUCUGUCAAAAGAGGAGCAAAAAAAUCGAAAAAUAAAUUUAACAAAGUGAAUUUAGUCUUUGAUGAAGCAAAGCGAAGAGAAUUUUUAACUGGUUUUCACAAAAGAAAACUACAAAGGAAGAAAUAUGCUAAAGAAAAAUUAGAAAAGGAAUUAAAGGAAGAGAGAAAACGUCUAAAGCAGGAGGCCAAGGAAUCUUAUAAAAAAUUAGUGGUCUCACAUCGACCAAUUCCAGAAGUUGAAAAUUUAUUGAAGGAAGAAUAUGAAGAUGACGAUAUGACAGUGAGUGUUGUUGAACUCUCUACAAAUGACAUAGCAAAGAAGAAUAACUGGAUUGGCGCCAAUCAACCCAAAUAUGAAUCAUCAGAUGAUGAACAAGAGGAAGAAAAUGAAGACGAGGAUAAAGAAGAAAUUCCGGGUAUGGAGCUUAAAUCCAAAUCAAAACAGAAACUGAAAGUGGUCAAAGAAAAAUUCGAAUCACAGUUACAAAUAAAGAGAACCCUAAAGAAACAGGCAACAAAAAACGUGCAAAAAAGCAAAGUCUUUCAGAUGAAGAAUAAAUUGGAGAGGCAGAAACAGAAAAAGAAGUCAAUGCAGAUGAAAAAGCAAAGGAUGAAGAUUAGAGAGAAGAAUACUAAAAAAAGGGGUAGGAGUAAACCAAAAGUAUAGAAAAAUUGACUAUGAUUUAAUAAAUAUUUUUUAAUUUA